AUGAUGAAACACAAAUCUCUCCGCAGAUUCUUAAAGGCGAGGAAGUUUGACCUUGAUAAGACAGCGCAUAUGUGGGCGGAGAUGCUUAACUGGAGGAAAGACAAUGGAGUAGACUCUAUUACACAAGACUUUGUAUAUGAUGAAUAUGAACUAGUUCAGCGUUAUUAUCCUCAUGGUUUCCAUGGCGUGGACAAAGAAGGGCGACCACUUUAUAUCGAAAGGCUUGGCAAAGCUGAGCCUAGUAAGCUUAUGAGUGUCACCACUGUAGAAAGGUUCUUAAAGUAUCAUGUCCAAGGGUUUGAGAAAACAUUUAAGGAGAAGUUUCCUGCAUGUUCAAUUGCAGUCAAGAAGCAUAUAUGUUCUACAACAACAAUACUGGAUGUGCAUGGGGUGAACUGGAUGAGUUUUGGCAAGGUUGCACAUGAUCUGGUUAUGCGCAUCCAGAAAAUAGAUGGAGACAACUAUCCUGAGACAUUGCAUCAGAUGUUCAUUGUUAAUGCUGGUAAUGGAUUUAAACUACUGUGGAACACUGCAAAAGGCUUUCUUGAUCCAAGGACGACGGCAAAAAUACAUGUGUUAGGCCACAAAUUUCUGAAUAGGUUGUCAGAAGUUAUAGACCCAAGCCAAUUGCCAGAGUUUCUUGGUGGAACCUGCUUGUGCCCAAAUGAAGGUGGGUGCCUUAGAUCUGACAAGGGACCAUGGAAUGAACCAGAGAUAAUGAAGCUGGUACACGCUUUUUAUGUUGGGGAAGCAUUUUAUUCAAGGAAAAUUUCUAGUUCUUCUGAUUGUGAUGAUCUAGAAAUCAAAUCAGCUUCUUCUAAGGUUCCGACACGUGGAAUAAUUUCUGCUGAUUCAGAAUCAGAUGGCCGGGUGUGUAAUUAUGCUGCCAUGCAAGUAAUGCCACUUGAUGCUGAAGUAAGUAUGAUUGAAUUCUGUGUUUACCUGUUUCUAAACAUGAUCUGA